GGCCAAUCGCAAACCGUGGACUGCAAGGGGAUACACCCACUAAGGUUAUAUCAGGGCUUUUGUCAGGACACCUGUACCAGCUCUCUCGGACAGAUCCUGCGAAGCAAGAAGAAAAAGUCUCUUCGGCACAAUGGCACGCUAUUCAAGUUUCAGUACCAGGUCCUCUGAUGGUCUCACCAGCAGGUCUGCAACUCUGAUGAGUUCAUCCCGGCUCUACUCUAGCACAGCCCCCCACAGGGCUCUGAGCACCUAUGGGGGUGCAGGGGGGCAAGGCACCCGCAUUUCCAGCGCCAGCUACUCCAUGCCCCUUUCCAGCGCAGGUGGAGGAGACAGCUUUUCCUUAAGCAUUGCCAGCUCUGUGGCCUCCAAUGGCAAACACACCAUGCAGAACCUCAAUGACCGCCUGGCCGCCUACCUGGAGAAGGUGCGCACCCUGGAGGCCUCCAACGCCACCCUGGAGAGGCAGAUCCGUGAGUGGUACGAGAAGAAGGGUCCGGUUCUCCAGGACUACAGUGCCUAUGAGAAAACCAUCACUGGACUGCGCGCACAGAUCAGCGCCACUGCCCAUGAAAACGCCAAGAUCCUCCUGAGGAUUGACAACGCCAAACUGGCCGGCGAUGACUUCAGAAUGAAGUAUGAGGCCGAGCUGGCAAUGAGGCAGUCUGUCGAGGCUGACAUUGCCGGACUGAGGAAGGUCCUGGACGAGCUGACUCUGACCAGAUCCUCCCUGGAGAUGGAGAUCGAGGGUCUGAAGGAGGAGCUGAUCUACCUCAAGAAGAAUCACGAGGAGGACCUCCGUGCUCUGCGCUCUCAGAUGGGUGGGAAUGUCAAUGUGGAGGUGGACUCUGCCCCUGGGGUCGAUCUGGCCCAGGUCAUGGCUGAGAUCCGAUCCCAGUAUGAGGGCAUCGCCGACAAGAACCGCCAGGAGAUGGAAGCCUGGUACAAGGGCAAGUUUGAUGCCCUCAACCACCAAGUGUCCUCCAGCACAGAAGCCCUGCAGUCCAGCAAGAGUGAGGUCUCUGAGCUGAAACGCACUAUCCAGAGCCUGCAGAUUGAGCUGCAGUCCCACCUUAGCCUGAAAGAAGCGCUGGAAGGCACCCUGGGUGAGACGGAACAGCGCUACGGAGCACAGCUCCAGCAGCUGCAGUCCAUCAUCUUCAGGCUGGAGAGUGACCUGAGCCAGGGGAGAGAGGACAUGAGGAGGCAGAGCGACGACUACAAGGUCCUGCUGGACAUCAAGACCCGGCUGGAGCUGGAGAUCGCGGAGUACAGGCGCCUGCUGGACGGGGAAGAACGCGUCCCCGUUCAAAAAGCACCAGCUGUGACCACCAGAAAAGUGAAGACCAUCGUGGAAGAGGUGGUUAAUGGAAAGGUUGUGUCGUCCCGCGUUGAGGAAGUAGAACAGAAGAUCUAGACCAAGGCAUUUUAUUGCCCCCUGAUCCUAAGCUGGGCAUCACAAUGUGUCACCCAAAAAUAAAGCAAAGUCUGAUUAAUAAAGGAAUAAUUGACUGAA